AUGCGCUCCUUGCUCACAUAUAAACAAGAUUUUCAAAAUUCCAAAAACCUCUAGUUAUAAUUUUCAUCCUUUCAAUUGAAGAAAAGAGAACAGAACAUAGAGUGUGCAGAGCAGAACUCCACUUCAAUUUCUCAGAUCCAUUCCUAAAAAACACGAGCAGCUUCACCGAGUCACGAAUCACGAAUCACGAACUUAAGCCAAAGCUACCACCACAGCGCUCUGCGUCAUAGUCAUCAUGCAGAGCGCAGCAUCGUCGGCGCCAUCUUCGCCGGAGGCCAUUCUGGAAUGGCUACACAAAGAGAUGGGAUACCGUCCGCUAGGUACAUACGCAGCCGGCAAGUCGCACCUGCCGUCCGUCGAGUCAAUCCGCCGGAUUUGCCGCGGGAAUAUGAUUCCGGUCUGGAACUUCCUCGUCACGCGCGCCAAGUCUGAGAAGACGGUGCGGAACAUUCGCCGGAACAUCACCGUGCACGGCGGGGAUGGCGGCGGCGAGGCGAAAGAGGAGGUCAGGGGGAAGGGCGCGAGGAAGAAGGAGAGGGCGCUCAUCGCCGGCGAGGGUUCCGAGACUGCGACGACGAGGGAGGCGGCAUUGCAGGAGCGGGAUUUGGCGGCGAAGGAGGUGGAGAGGCUGAGGAACAUUGUGAGGAGGCGGAGGAAGGAUUUGAGGGCGAAGAUGCUCGAGGUUUCCAGAGAGGAGACUGAGAGAAAGAGAAUGCUCGAUGAACGAGCCAAUUACAGGCAUAAGCAAGUGAUGUUGGAGACUUAUGAUCAACAGUGUGAUGAGGCAGCAAAAAUAUUUGCCGAAUAUCAUAAACGUCUCUAUUACUAUGUAAAUCAAGCGAUGGAGUCUCAAAGAUCAGGUGUGGAUUCUUCUGUUGAAAUGACCAAUAGUUUUAGUGCCAAAAAUGAGAAGGAGGCUGUUUAUUCUACUGUUAAGGGCAGUAAAUCUGCGGAUGAUGUCAUUCUCAUUGAAACCACAAGGGAAAAGAAUAUUAGAAAGGCUUGUGAAUCUCUCGUAGCUCAUAUGGUAGAAAAAAUACGGAGUUCUUUUCCAGCUUACGAAGGAAGUGGCAUUCAUUUAAAUCCCCAGGCAGAAACAGCAAAGUUGGGGUUUGACUAUGAUGGGCAAAUUCCUGACGAGGUUAGAACUGUUAUCAUAAAUUGCCUGAAGAGUCCUCCUCAAUUGCUUCAGGCAAUUACUGCAUACACUGUACGGCUGAAAAGUCUAAUCUCCAGAGAAAUAGAGAAAAUUGAUGUUAGAGCAGAUGCAGAGACCUUGAGGUACAAAUAUGAAAAUAACAUAGUUAUGGAUGUUUCGUCUUCUGAUGGGAGCUCUCCUCUACAGUAUCAACUUUAUGGCAAUGGAAAGAUUGGGGUUGAUGUGCCACCUGGAGGGAGUCAAAAUCAGCUUCUUGAUAGACAGAAAGCUCAUGUUCAACAAUUUUUGGCCACUGAAGAUGCACUCAACAAGGCUGCAGAAGCAAGGGAAACCUGCGAAAAACUUAUGAAACGUCUGCAUGGAAGCACUGAUGUUUCUUCACGCCCAAUUGGUAUUGGGAGUACAUCCCAGAAUGUUGGAAGUCUUAGACAACUUGAGCUAGAUGUUUGGGCCAAGGAAAGAGAAGUUGCCGGUUUAAAGGCAAGCUUGAAUACUUUGAUGUCUGAAAUACAACGCUUGAAUAAGUUGUGUGCUGAGAGGAAAGAAGCUGAAGAUUCUCUGAAAAAAAAGUGGAAAAAGAUUGAAGAGUUUGAUUCUCGUAGAUCAGAACUUGAGACCAUAUAUACAGCACUGCUCAAAGCAAAUAUGGAUGCUGCUUCAUUUUGGAGUCAGCAACCAUUAACUGCUAGGGAAUAUGCUUCAAGCACUAUAAUUCCAGCAUGUGCUGCUGUUGCCGAGGCUUCAAAUAGUGCAAAGGAUCUCAUUGAGAAAGAAGUCUCUGCAUUUUCUCAAAGUCCAGAUAAUAGUCUCUACAUGCUUCCUUCUUCUCCACAGGCACUGCUUGAGGCCAUGGGCGCUAGUGGACCACCUGGCCAGGAAGCAGUUACAAAUGCAGAAUUAAGUGCAGCUAUUUUGACAGCAAGAGCUGGUGCUCGGGAUCCAUCAGCAAUUCCUUCAAUAUGUCGUGUUUCAGCUGCACUUCAGUAUCCUGCUAGCUUGGAGGGUCCAGAUGCUGCUCUAGCAUCUGUGCUGCAGUCCCUGGAGUUCUGUUUGAAACUUCGUGGCUCUGAAGCUAGUGUGUUGGAAGAUUUAUUAAAGGCUAUUAAUCUUGUUUAUAUUAGACGAGAUCUUGUCCAGAGCGGAAAUGCCUUGUUGAACCAUGCUGGCUUUGUUCAACAAGAAUAUGAAAGGACAACGAGUUUUUCUUUGAGUUUGGCUGCAAAACAGGAGAAAACUAUCAUGGAAGAAUGGUUGCCUGAACUUAAGACUGCUAUUUUGAGUGCUCAACAGAGCUUGGAAGAUUGCAAAUAUGUCGGUGGAUUGCUUGAUGAGUGGUGGGAGCAACCAGCAUCAACAGUUGUUGACUGGGUAACUGUGGAUGGGCAAAAUGUAACUGCCUGGCAUAAUCAUGUGAAGCAGCUUCUUGCAUUUUAUGACAAGGAGCUAUUGUAAUUAGAAUUACAAAGCGCGUGGAGUAAGCAUAUUUUGUGAAGUCUUGUUCAUCUAACUUUUCCCACUUAGCUGUCACUGUCGAUAAUUGUCUUCUGGGAUGGAAUAUGACAGCAGUUGUCUAUAUUGAUAGACGAAGAUCUUAGAAAAAGGAGAGUAUCAUCUUCAUGAUCUUUCACAGAUAUCCUCUACCACCACUUUUUCUUUAGAAGCGUGAAGUGUGUCAUUUUAGAUUUUAGGUAGUGGGGUGGAUUGUUCAUUUUAAUUGGCAGUGAUUAAUGGCAUUGAAUCUUAUGAAGCCAUUUCGGCUUCAUUUGGUGAACUGGUUUGUUCUGGUUGUAUACAGUUAGAAUUGUUGAGGAAAAAAGAAGGUCGAGUUGAAUGGAUUUGCCGAGGUAGUACAUUUUCUUUUUGAAAUUCACAAGGUGUAAUGUGUCGUGUACAUUAGAAUGUUUAACGGUUCUGUGAUUUAUUGUUUUAGGAAUAGCUUAAAAUUGUUUACAGAAGAGUCCUCAGUUUAGAUUUGA